UGAUAUCAAGUUUUUUCCUAUUACAUGCAUGGUUGGCGAAUAUAAGGUUUUUGUAUUUGCAAUUGGACAUUCUUCAUGUGCAAAAUGGAAAUAUGCUGAAGAUUCAAUUAUCCAAAAACUUAUUUCUAAAAGUCGGAUUCCAACAUGCAAACCUGAUGAAUGGACAAAUAAAUCAAUUAUAAAACCUGUUUUUGAUUAUCAUGUUAAACAUCGUACGCUUGCAAAUAUAAACUGGCACCAAUUUUUUAUUACAUGGACAAAUACAAAUUCUACAAUAAUUGAACUAAGAUCUGCUCUAGAAUCUAUUUAUCCGAGAAAAUAUGAAUUUA